AUGCAAUCUCUUCCGAAUAAGUUGCUUCAUUACCUGUCUCUUCUACUAUGUCUCGGCCUCUUGUUCAAUUCCCAAUUCCUAGCGUCUGCCUUCCCGCUAGCCCUAGAUGGCACCGACGCCAUUAGCAUCACACCUCCCGCGACCAGGGACAUCGUCGCCCGGGGCAAAUACCCAUCCGAGGAAGAAAUCAACUCCAAAAUCGUCGGCCCACCCAAGAGCAAGUCGCUGUUCUUCUCGAAGCUGGGCUAUAUCGACUCCCUGAAUCAUUUCACGGACCAAGGGUACAAAAUGCUGGAUCAUGUUUUCCCGGACCUUUCCUUCGAAGGAGACGAGGAGGAUUCGGAGUUCAGGGCCUACAUCGAUACAGCCAGCCGGGUCUUUGCAAAGCACACCUCUGGAGUGGUUCACGUCAUUAUGGGCCACGAAGAUGCUUGCACCACAUGGGCGCGGGUCGAGUUUCCGGCGCUGAAGGAGAAUUCUGGCGUGGAUGAGAUCGUCAAGGUUAAGGAUUCGGACCCCAAGUCGAAGGAGACUAUUUGGAGGAAGGGUGACCCUGUGAAGAGGCAGGGUUUGCCUCCUUGGGAUGGUGGCGAGUGCCUUGACUGGGACGAUAAACCUCCGUUCUGA